AUGUUUAUAGGAACUAUUAUAUUAGUUUUAAGCUUUUUAGGAUUCGUCUUUAAUAGAAGAAAUAUAAUAUUAGCAUUUAUAUGUUUAGAGACAAUGUUGCUAGGUAUAAAUUUAAUAUUAUUAAGAAACAGUGUAUUAUUUGAUGAUAUCUCAGGAAGUUUAUUUGCAAUAGUAAUUAUAAUCUUAGCAGGUGUAGAGUCAGCUAUAGGUUUAUCAUUAUUAGUAAGUUAUUAUAGAUUAAGAGGAGUUAUUAAUAGUUAUGGUAUAUAA